GUAAGUGAAAGAAGGACCGAAUCAAGAAGCAAUAAGUUAUAACUGGUAUCGUCAUCUGGAUACAAUUCUAUGCCGGUGAAGGGUGGAAUUAUCCCUUCCCCGGCAUUAUUUGAUCCCCGAAUAUACUCUCGUCCGCCCGCCCGCACGAAUUUCUUCCAGCGAACCUCGCUAAUCAGACAUCCUUGAUACACAAAUCCGAGUGAGUUGUAUCGAGCCUCCUUGGUCUCUUAGUUUUUGCUUGGAUCGUGGACAGAUCCUUUCUUUCCGAGCUCUGAUUUGUGGGCUUGAUUUGUUGUUUCUUGGGUAUUUUGUUGUUGCUUGGGUUGAGAUUACCCAAGAGUGUUGAUCUCUUCAGGUGGCGUUCGUCUAAUUUGGGCAGGAAAUCGGAGGUAUUUUUGGGCGGUGUCGGUUCCCGAUCCUGCCCUGGAGGUUUCUUUGAUUUUAUCCGCCCAUUAGCUUGCUGGGUUGGCGCAGAUUCUGAUUGGGGAUUGCGCAGUUCUUGAUUUCUUCGGAUUAGUUGGAGUUCUGAGGCGAAAGCAAUACGGUUUGUUCGUCAAAAAAGCAAUACGGUUUAGGAUUUUUUUGCAUAUUCUUGAAUGUUUCUCAUGAUUGUGAAUGAGCUGGGGCAUAAUAAAAAUAUUGAUCUUUGAGAUGGAUGGUCUAAGUGGCAAGGAAAUCCCAUGCUAAAGGUUCCAGUGUUUCAUGGUUUGAUGAUCUGUGCCGUACAAAAGCUCAUAGGUUGUGGGCAAAAUGUACGCCGUUGGAAAGGUCUUGUAUACUGUCGCCGCCCCAUUCCACCCAUUUGGCGGUGCGGUUGACAUAGUGGUCGUGCAGCAGCAGGAUGGAAGCUUCAAGAGCUCACCAUGGUACGUGAGGUUUGGCAAGUUCCAGGGGGUUCUCAAGACAAGGGAGAAGGUGGUCAAAAUUGCUGUGAAUGGCGUCGAAGCCGGCUUUAACAUGUACCUGGAUAGCAAUGGUCAGGCUCAUUUCCUCAGGGACGCAGACUCAAACAUUGCGGAAGGGGACUUUAUUGUGCCUUCUUCAUCUUUGGGAGAUGAACGGGUGGUGCCGAUGCAGGAUACUCAGUUAAGGAAGUCAAAGAGUACUUCUUGUGAUAUCUCAACCAUGGAAGCUAGUGCUGGGGAAGGGAAGGUACUCACAAGACGGAGCACCAUACUUGAGCGGAUGUUUGGACGGAAAUCAAUUAAGGACAAUGCCCAUGCUGUGGAUAGGGUGGGCUCAUUAGAGCGCGCAGAGAUUGCUGCCGAACUCCUUGAUACAAAUUGGUCGACAUCACGUGGUUCAGAAGCUCGUUGUUCUAAUCAUGAACCUUCCAGUAGUCAUCUGACGGAUGCUGGCAAGGAUAAUCAGGUGGAAACCACAAAAAUGGUAUUUCCAGAUUGUAAUCUUGAUCAUUACAAAGCUAUGGAUUCUAAUUGUGACAAUGUGGACAGCACUGUUGGUAAUCCACAUGGAGGAAAGAAGAGUUCAGGAGAUGAAAAAGAGCACUGCGCACAAAGCAUUAGUGUCAAUGAGGAGGUUGUUGCAAUUUGCACGCAUAAGACUGGUGAUUUCACUGAUGGGAUAAUCUCUACUGUAGACCCACCAGGAACAGAAUCUCUUCCAAAUGAUAUGGAUGCAGGGAAGAGUAUAAAUGGUCCUGUUGAUACUCAAGGUGAGUUGCAGGGUAACUUUGAAGAUGUUACAGUAAGGGCAAUGAAUACGGAGGAGGUCCUUUCCCAUGGCAUUUUCGAAAUUCAUGCAAUUGAAACAAACAUUACUGAUGGUAAGAGUGAGGUGAUUUCACAGUUUGUAGCUGUUGGUUCCGAUGGUGUCAGCCAAGAAUUUACUCAAACAAAUUCGCCAACUUAUAGCACCAUAUUAUUUUCAAGUGAAAGGCAUGAUGGUUUAUCGAUUGAUUGUUGUCAUGAUGCAUGCCAAGAGAAAGUGGUCAGUAUCAGUAGUCUGGAGACUGUGGAUAGUUCCUACGAUGUGUCCAGUAUUUUGACUGAUGAAGUUCAUGAUGCUAAAGGUAUCUCAUUGACUGAUGGGCUACAGUCUGAAUGCUCCAGAGUCUCCAGCGAAAAAAUAGAAGAGACAAAUGCUGAGGAAAGGUCACUGGCAUAUCAUGGUGAUUCCAGCAAUAAAGAAGACAUAUGUAACUUGGAUGUUCCAGAAGUUUCUGUUUUUGAGAACCUUAGUUCCCAAACCUCUCAACCUAAUAUUUCUGACAAGAGUAUUUCUGUCGAUAUUCUUGUGCAUGGCCACAUGGAUAUUUGUGUGGACACUGUUGCAGAUGAUCAUAGUACCUGCUCAGCUCAUGAUUUAGCUUGUCAGAAUGGUCUGAUAUUUCCUGAUGCUUCUUCCAGUGGUAUAGAUAUGCUGAGUUAUGUGCAUGAAAAUGAUCCUGACGAUGUAACAAAGGAUUGGACCUUGGAAACUAAAACAUGCUAUGGUGAACAUGAUGUUUCGCUCAUUCAGACAUCAGACAUGGAAGGCGUGAGCAGAGAGUGCAUUGCUCAAAUCACUAACUUCCCUAAUAAAGUGGAAGAUGAAGUUUCACCAGUUAUUUUUGGUUCCAGUUUGAGCAAAGUCAGCACGGAAAAUACCAAACUAGAUUAUGAUGAGAACGGAUCUAGUUCUGCAACUGGAGUUCAAAUUGGGCCUGUGCCUGAGGAGCCAAGUGACGAAGCGGAAGCAGUUGAGUCACUAUCAAAGCUUGUAGAGAAGACAACUGUUUGCCCUAAUAGAUUAGAAGUUGAAAUUUCACCAAUUAUUUCGGAUUCUUCCAGUUUGAGCGUAGUCGAAGCAAAAACCACUGAACUGGAAGAUGAUGUAAGCAGACCUAGUUCUGCAAGUGGAGUUGCAAUCAGGCCUGUGCCUGAUGACCCAAGGGACAGAUCAGAAACAGUUGUGUCACUAUCAAAGCUUGUUGAGGAAACAACUGUUUGCUCUAAUAAAUUAGAAAUUGAAAUUUCACCAAUUAUUUCUGAAUUUUCCAGUUUGAGCAAAGUAAAAGCAAAAAACACCAAAUUGGAAGAUAAUGGGAGCAUUCCUGGUUCCGCAAGUGGAGUUGCUGGUCCUGUGCCUGAUGACCCAAGGGACAAAGAAGAAGCAAUUGUAUCGUCCUGUGAGCUUUUAGACGAAAUUCAGUUUCAGUUUAGUGACACUAUAAGUUUUGCUGAUGGAAAGACUCUGGAUGAUGUAGUAGCUAAUAAAGCAUCAGGCACAGGUGUACAUGAUGAAUCUGAUUGCAAUGUAGAUGAGGAGGGAGGGAAUGACAUCGAUCUUGAAAUUAAACCAGAAAACCAUUAUGAUUUGUCAAGGCCUCAGACUAGCCUUAUUCCUAUUCCUGGAAGUGAGUUGCAUCUAGGUGAUAAUAAUCUAGAGGCUAAAUCUCUGCCAAAUCUCCGUUCUCACAUACAAGAUCUUGUAUGUUCUGAUAGUUUUCAAGUAAGUUGCUCUCUGUGCAAUAGUGAGAGUAGCCCGGUUGCUCCAGUGAAUGGUAAGGUUUCUAGCUUUCCAGAGCAGGAACUAGAAGGCACCGGUGAGUCAAAAGAAAAUAGUGGCCCGGCUGAGCUUAUGAACAAUCCAGUGCCUGACGACAAGAACUCUGAUGACCUGAAAGUCGAUUCAUUCAGCCCUUUUGUGGAAUUAUCCCUAUGCAGGCACUUGUUAUCUGAAGGCAUGGGAGCAGAUGCUGCAUGCAGAGCCUUUGAUGCUGAGAAGAUAACCUUAGAGAAGUUCCGUGCCAUGAAGCAGUCAUUGAUAAGCAACAGCAAGCUAGUUGUUAGGAUUUCUGGUCGUUACUUCCCCUGGGAUGUAGCUUCACCUGUAGUACUGGGUAUGGUUUCUUUCAGCGAGGAACAAGUCUUUGAACACCAAGGUAUGAUAAAGGUGGAGCGAGUUGAACCCAGUGCAACACAAGGUGGCAGCUGGAGACUCUGGCCAUUUAGUAUCAGGAAAACAACGACUAUGAACACUAUCCAGCCAGUACGUGAGCCAGUUUGUGAGAGCACUGUGGAGAGUACUUUAUCCAUUCCUGUUAAAGAGUUGGAUGGAGAAAAUAAAGUCAGGGGAAAAGUGCCAUCCCUCACUCCCACAUCUGAGGAGCUCGCAUCUCUUGAUCUCAGAGAGGGCAGGAACGUGGUGACAUUUACCUUCUCAACUGCUAUGCUUGGGAUACAGCAGGUGGAUGCUAACAUAUAUUUAUGGAAAUGGAAUACACACAUUGUCAUAUCAGAUGUUGAUGGAACUAUUACCAAGUCUGAUGUUCUUGGCCAGUUCAUGCCAAUGGUUGGUGUUGAUUGGUCUCAGAAUGGAGUUGCUCAUUUAUUUUCUGCAAUAAAGGAAAAUGGAUAUCAGCUGCUUUUUCUAAGUGCACGCUCUAUUUCACAGGCCCACCUGACAAGGCAGUUUCUUUUCAACCUAAAGCAGGAUGGAAAAGCACUUCCCGAUGGCCCUGUUGUGAUAUCUCCUGAUGGCCUCUUUCCAUCUCUGUACAGAGAAGUUAUCAGAAGAGCUCCUCAUGAAUUCAAGAUCUCAUGCCUAGGGGCUAUCAAAGCACUGUUUCCUCCCGACUCGCAUCCUUUCUAUGCUGGAUUUGGGAAUAGAGAUACAGAUGAGCUUAGCUACCUCAAGGUUGGGAUUCCUAUGGGCAAGAUCUUCAUAAUAAACCCCAAGGGUGAAGUUGCAGUGAAUCGCCGGAUUAAUACUACCAAAUCAUACAUGUCCCUGCAUGCUCUUGUCAAUCGGAUGUUCCCUCCCAUAUCAUCGCCACCUGAGCAGGAGGACUACAAUACCUGGAAUUACUGGAAAAUGCCACUGCCUGAUAUUUGAGGACAAGUGCAGUCUUGGCACAAGAGCGUGCUAGUUCUAUGGUGCAACAGCAAUGUUCAUAAGAAGGCAAGACAUGGCGAGAGAUAGCGCACUGAAGCCGAAUGUUGGUUGGCAAUGCGUGAAUGCUCCUGAUAUGAAUCUUGGAAGAUUGACGGUGUAUAUAGGAUUAUAGUAAUAGGCACGUCAAAAAAAAGAUUAUAGUAAUAGGCAACUUACAGUCUGUACUUACCAACGUGGUGGCAGAAUUUCUGUGUAACUGUUCAAAAUCUGCUUGUAGUCCAUCAGACAUCAUAGCAUUGAAAAUGGGUACUGGGCAGGUCUCCCCCUCCAUGAUCUUGGAAGUGGAAUGGAGGGAGGCAAUCUGGGAGAUAUGUUGCUGCUCUACAGGUCAUACCAGUUUUCUUGAGACUUCAUUUCUUCUUCCUUAUUUACUUGUAUACCAAUGUAAUUUAUGUACUGUAGAGGAAAAAGUUUCAAAUAUUGGUAUUAUUAUUUUUAUAACU